CCUCAUACCCUUUGACUUUCUUACCUUGGUAUAUAUAGUCAGUGAGGCUAUCAGAGUUCUCCUGGCAGCCAUCAUGAAGGGUAUAGUCUCAAUCUGCUGCUUCUUCAGCCUGCUUGUCCUGGCCUUAGCAGAGGAGGAGGUGGAGGAUGUCCUGAGCCACAUCCUGAGAGACAGAUCACACAUCGACGAGACACUGAGGCUGGCCUCUGAGGAGAACGCAGCAGAAAACUAUCAUGCUGCUAUUCAGAAGUUACGUAAGAUCUACCACUCAGCCAUCAAGCCCAUGGAACAGGCCUAUAAGUACAACGAGCUCAGGGCACAUGAGAUCUCAGGCGGACGAACACUGGGGGAUGGGAACACAGAUGGGGAGAUCACCUCCAAGCCCAUGGUGUUGUUCCUUGGGCCCUGGAGUGUAGGCAAGUCCUCCAUGAUCAACUACCUGCUUGGCCUGAAGGAUAGCCCCUACCAGCUGUACACAGGUGCUGAGCCCACUACCUCUGAGUUCACUGUGAUCAUGCACGGCGAGAAGACCCGCUCCAUAGAGGGUAUCGUCAUGGCGGCCGACAGCUCGCGCUCCUUCUCGCCCCUGGAGAAGUUUGGGCAGAGCUUUCUUGAGAAGCUGAUUGGCAUUGAGAUGCCCCAUAAGCUGCUGGAGCGCGUCACCUUCGUGGACACGCCUGGAAUCAUUGAGAACCGCAAGCAGCAGGAGAGAGGCUAUCCCUUCAACGAUGUGUGCCAGUGGUUCAUCGAUCGUGCCGACCUCAUCUUCGUGACCUUUGACCCCACCAAGCUGGACGUGGGCCUGGAGCUGGAGAUGCUCUUCCGCCAGCUGAAGGGCCGUGAGUCCCAGAUCCGCAUCAUCCUCAACAAGGCAGACAACCUGGCCACCCAGGACUUGAUGCGUGUCUAUGGUGCCCUCUUCUGGUCGCUAGCACCCCUCAUCAACGUCACAGAGCCCCCAAGGGUCUACGUCAGCUCUUUCUGGCCUUUCGACUACGCACCCGACACCAGUCGCGAGCUGUUUAAGCGCGAGGAGAUCUCCCUCUUGGAAGACCUAAACCAGGUGAUCGAGAACCGCAUGGAGAACAAGAUCGCCUUCAUCCGCCAGCAUGCCAUCCGGGUGCGCAUCCAUGCACUUCUGGUGGACCGCUACGUUCAGACCUUCAAGGACAAGAUGAGCUACUUCAGUGACCCAGACCUGGUGUUCAAGGAGAUCGUGGACGACCCGGACAAGUUCUUCAUCUUCAAGUCCAUCCUGGCCAAGACCAAUGUGAGCAAGUUCGACCUGCCCAACCGUGAAGCCUACCAGGACUUCUUCGGUGUGAAUCCGAUUGGCAGUUUCAAGUCCCUGUCCGCCCAGUGCUCCUACUCAGGCGGCUGCCUGCUGGACAAGAUCGAGAAGGCCAUCACCAGUGAGCUGCCUGGUCUUCUAAGCAGCAUCAACCCAGGCAAGGCCCCCCCCGGCCUGUCCUCCUGCGAGGCCACUGGAUGCGGAGACAAGCCUAAGAACCGCUAUCGGAAAAACUGAUAGAAUACGAGAGAGAGGAGGAGGGAAGAGAAUAAAGGAAGAAGAGGAGGUGUGAAGGAGUGAUAAAGGAAAAAGCGGAACGGUGACAUUUGUCAGACCCCCGGUCUUGUCAGAAGCCUGUAAUGUUGUUGUUUGAGGAGACAGAGAAGGGAAGGGUUCAUUUAGAGGGUUGUUUCUCAGGAGAACAAGAGGUUGUGGUGUGUUGAGGGUUUGGGGAGAGGAAGAGAUGGAGGGAGGAAGGGUUUGUGUGUAUGAUUUGGCAGCUGAGAAUAAUAGUUGCUUGGAGAGAUGAGAAGAUUACAGAAUAACUCAUCUCCCUCCUCUCUCCCUUGCACAACCACAAUGAACUGUCUGUGAUUGCAGGAAAAAUAUGUAAAAUUGUAUAAAAAUACAAAAUGGUGAGACUGAAACAGUCUACCACCAGCUCCCUUGUAUGUGAAUAAAAUGGGAAAUUGGAAACAGGAGUUGCCAAUUUGUUUUACAAAAUCUUAUUUGAAAAAUGCAUUGCAGCAGGUCUCAAUUCUCUGCCACGUUCUUUGUCUUUCUUUUUGAAGUCUGGGUUCAGUCCUUUCCACAGACAUUAGAUCUGGAUCUUUUUUCUCUCCUAUGAAUGCAUUAUAAGCUCAGCCUUUAGGUGUAAUAACACUGUCAAGAUGCCUUUUAACACUGCAUGUUAGAUGACAGAUGGUAUUUAUUUAAUAACAGAUGAUAUCAUAGGUGCAUGUAUUUACCUUUCUCAAUGUUCCCUUAAACAACUGACAAACCUUAUGGUGCAGUCCCAACAAACUAUGUACGGUGCUGUAAGAUGGUCCACUCUCUUGGCCAUCUUUGUUUUAUAUGCUUCUUCUCGCUCUCAGGUUGUUGACAGCCUGUGAUAUGAGCAGAGACGAAUGAGGAAGCGAGACAUCCUACUCCCUUAUUUUUUCUGGUUCAUAUGCAGUCCAUGAACUAAGUAGACCAGACCCAGCUGUUAUCACAUUGGUGUCUAUGGGAGAACACCCCUUAAGCAGACCGGAACUGUGACCAUUUUUUUCCAUGGUAAAAGGCCUGAGUGGGACAUCUUCAUUUAUCCACUAUCUUUGAUAUGAGCAGUGUCUUGAAUGCAGAUGUCAGGGUCAUGAUCUUCACAUCCUAUUGGUGGUAGGGAGGGGUGAUGGGGUGGGGGUUUGGGUGUACUCUGAUUCACUUCUUAACUAUGCUUACUUUGCUGUUGUUUGAGUAUAUACAUUUGCUGGCUUAGUUGCCAGGUCUGUUUGUGCUUUAGCCCUUCUAUCAUAUCGCAUGACAAAGUACAAACAGAGAAGAGUUGGCUAAAGCACAAACAAGUCUGGCAACCCAUCCAUGAAUCUUCCAUUGUCUGAUAGGAAUUCAAUACUGUAUUUCAAAGUUUUCUUUCUCCUUUAAAAUGAUACGCUUGCCAGCUGUUUAGCUGAAUGACCAACAGGAUAUAAAAGGGAAACAGGUUACAUGAAUGAUGGAGAACCUUCUCAUGGUGUGACAGUAAAUAAACCAAAUGAUGUGUGUUUGAGUGUGA